UUGCAUCACGUGUGGGCAACGAUAGGGGAGGUGGGGGGUAGUAGCCAGCUGUGUUGCGUUUUUAUCGGUCUGGUGGAUCAUUGUUACUGGAAUUCGUGAAGAAUUGUGUUCUGACUUCAAUCUCCAGGUUUUUAGAACAUUCCUAGAUAUGGGUGGAAAGAAGCAGCCUCGUACCAAAAAUAACACACAGCCUUCAAGCAGCGACAGGCACGCCCAGCGCCUGGGAACUGACCAGCUGAUUGGGUUCAGUGCACUCAGUGACCUGGGCUAUGUGCCCGCACCAGUGGGUGGGGCACAGGAUGAGGGCAGUAGUGGAGCUGUCUCCGGCCAGAUGCGUGCAGUGCUGAAGAAGAUGGCGAAAAAAGAUGCGACCACGAAGUCAAAGGCCACACAAGAGUUUACUGAGCUCUGUGACAGUCACAGCCUUGACGACGUCAAGCUGGCUCUGCCAUUCUGGCCCAGGCUGUACCGCAAGCUGGCGACAGACGUUGACAACCGCGUCCGCGAGAUGUCGCACGUGGCGCUGCAGCGGCUGCUGCUGCGCGUGCGCAAGGCGGCCACGCCACACAUGGCCGAGCUGGUGCCGGUCUGGCUGUGCUCACAGAACGACCCGUACCCGCCGGCGGCCACGGCCGCGCGCCGCGCCUUCCAGAAUGUGUUUUCUGUACCUGAGAAACAAUCUGGUGCUGUGAAGUUCUGCUACUCAAGCGUCCUAGCAUACGUUAAGGAGGGUCUGUAUGACCAGACGCCCCAGACAUACUCAGAUCCCAGUGUGAUGUCGGUAGAUGAGCUGGAGGCACGGUUUGUCCGCCUGCUGACCGGCUGUCUCUCGGGACUACGCGAGCUGCUGGAGCUCCUCCCCGAGGACCCCGAGGACGCCAGGGGAGCCUCGUCUGACCAGCCUCUUGCCGACAUUGUCACACACAACAAGUUCGUCAAGCUAGCCAAGCACAGCCACCCGCAGGUGCGCCGCUGGUGGUUCUGCCUGGUGUCGCGCUUCUGCGCCCGUCGGCCCGGUCUGGUGGCGGCCGCCGGAGCCCGGCUGGCGCCCGCCGCGCUGCACGCGCUGAACGAGCGCGACCCGGCCGUGCUGACGGACACGUGGGACGCGGCCAUCUGCCUCGUCACUACCGUGCCGGACUGCUGGAGCCUGGUGAACGUGCGGAAGGCGGUGCUGCCGCAGCUGUGGACGGUGCUGCGGGAGGGCGGCCGGGGCUGCGCCGUCACCCUUCACCCACUCAUGAUCGUGCUGCUCUCGAGGCUGCCGCAGGACGCGGCCGGUGAUCCGGACGAGCUCCACCGGCUCUUCCUCUCCAGCAUGUACCAGGGACUGAGUGCCGACCGCGUGACCCAGAGCGCCCGCGAGGUGUCCGUUAUUGUGCGCUCGCUGCUGGAGUGCGCCCUGUACCUGCUUCGCCAGGGCUGUUCGGAGCCCGUCGUCGCCGUCAUUGUCGAUCAGCUGUGCGCCGUCACCAGUGACGUCAUCGCCGUCUGGCGGCGGACGCCCGGCCCGGCUCUCUACCGCGACCUGGUGCGGCCGGAGCUGGAGGCGGGCCGCAGCGAGCUACCCGUGCAGCUGCUCGCCACCGUGUACCGGCUCUGCAGCCGCCAGGAGCGCAGCCAGCUGGCACUGGACGUGACGCGGGAGGGUCACAUGUCCAUGGUGCUGGAGCUGCUGCGUCUGAUGGAGCGGUCAGGCCCGGCCGCCGACCCUGAGCUGGCCAGCUGGGCCGUGUCCGACCAGCUGCACGCGGCAGUCCUGGCCGCCGUCACCGCCACUAGCGACUCUGGCGGCGAUCAGUGGCAACACACGCUUCAGGCCAUUCCGCUGCUGUUGAAGGAUCACGGCAAGAGUGGCCCUACAGGUGCGUUAGGACGCAGCUAG